CAGGCAGUCACGGUAAUCUUUCGCGAAAUCAAAAACCUGCCACUCCAAAGAUGGUCCGAUUUCUAUCACGUGACCUACAGAGCUGUCAGAAAGUCGAGCUCCGCCGAAACUUUCGCGCCGCAGCUUUGCUCCGCGAUGGUGUAAAAGGUCUCCCUCUGGGACCUCACAGAGGCACAGCAAUAAUCAUGGUCUCUCAGGGGUUUUCAUUUCCUCCUCCGCCUCCCCCGCCUCCUUCCAGUACACAACAACCAUCCGCCUACCCCUCUGCGCAUUCUGGCCAACACUGGAAUGCUCGUGGGUCUGGCGGACGAGGUCGUGGCCGAGGACAUGGGAACCGAGGUCGAGGAGGAGGUCAUUUUUCUUCGGACAAUAACCGAUCCCAAUAUUCAAAUCCACCGGGCUACAACUACGCAGCAGGGAACUAUGGAUAUCCGGCUCAACCACAACCCGUAGCGACGACGUCGUACAUGCCUCCGACCCCGACUCCUCCCCCACCCUAUCCUCAUACACAAGCAAAUUUCCAACAUCCUCAAACUCCGCCCACCUAUCAACAUUCUCAGAACUACUCACAGCCCGCCGGCGCGGCUGCAUAUCAAAGGCUUCCGGGGUACAACAACGGGCCGACCGCUAACCUAGCGCAUACGGCAGCUUAUUCUACGCAAGCUACACCUCCAUACCCUCCCAGCGUGCCGUCAUCGCAGCAUGGCCCUCCUUCAAAUAAUCCGAUGAUGGUGGGAUCACCGUGGGGUGGUCCACCCGCACCGCACGGGCGAGGAGGCUGGCCGUCCCAUGCCCACGGCAACCAUGGAGCCAAACCACGACAUCACAAUAGCAACAAGCGAGAUCAUACGUCUGCGUUCAGCAAGCCGCAAUCAUCGGUCCCUCGAACCCCGGCACCUCCACCUGUCCCUAGCUUCGGCAACCCUCUCCCUUCCAAGCCCCCACCCGCAGCAGAUGCCACGAGGAAACCGAAGAAACGCAAGAGAAAGCACAACCAGUUGGGACUGACGCCGAAGACCGACGACCACGAGUCAAGCGAGGAAGAAGAGGAUGUGGACGAAGAGAGUAAGCUUGCGCAAACGAGUGCCGAUGCCGCUGCACCGCUCCAGUUCUCAUACCGAGGCCAAACGGCGACACUGCAAUCGCAGUCCGAUAUUGCAGCAUGGAUUGCCGAACGCAAGAAGCGGUUCCCCACGCAGGCUCGCAUCGACGAGAAGAAAAAGGCUGCCGACGAGGCCAAGGCUGCCCGUGACGCGGCCCGACUUGAAAAACAAAAGGAGCGCGAGAAGGACAAAGAAAAGCACAAGGCCAAGCAGCAGGCUCCACCGCCAAUGUCCACCGGGGAGGCCGCUGCGAAGUCAGAUCCGGUGCUCGACGCGGCGAUGAAGGCGCAACGCAAGGCCGAGAAAAUUAAGCGCAAUCUUGAUCGGGAGCAGAAACGCUUCGCCAAAGCUGAGGCGGAGGCUGAAGCUGCGCGGCUGAAGGUGGAGGCACUGCAGAGGCAGGCUCAAGGUUUGAUGGAUAAAGAGUCCGCUCAAGAGCAGACUGGAGUACCUGCUACCGAGCCACUCGGUGUGCCAUUGGUCGCUGGAACGGGAGGCGUAGCAACUAUUGAGGAAAUUUCCAAGGCACCUGAAUCACUAUCAGGCGAGACUACAACCUCUGUUCCAGUUCCCGUCUCGGUCUCAAUCCCCGCUGCAGCUAUUGACGCUGCAACAAAACUCGUCGAUCCCCAAUUGGACUUGGACUCCGAGGGCUCAGGCAUCAGCGACUGGACUUCAUCCAGCGGCUCCGGCUCAGACUCAGACUCGGAAGCGGAUUCAGACUCCGGCAGUGAUGACAACGACUCCGCACCUGAGGAAGUAAGCUCAAGGCGAGAAGGCCCCGAGCGCGUUCCUGCGCCACCACGCGAAGGCAAAAAGGUUGUCUGUCGGCACUUUGCUCGCUCGGGGCGAUGCAACCGGGGUGACCAGUGCAAGUUCUCGCACGAGGUCAGUGGGAAAGGGCCCAAGGCAAAGCCAGCAGAGAAGGAGAAGAAGGGACGAAAGGGACUACUUCAAGCUCUGCUGGAACGGCAAAAAGAUGACGAGGACCGUCGGGCAAUGGAAGUGAUUUCCUGGCUCGGGCAGCAUGGCCAUUUAGCCGCGCCGAGUGGUGACGCGGCCAGUGUCAGUGCCAAUGCUGCUGCCAAUCCCGAUGCCAAUGUUCAUGAUAAUGCCAAUGUCACCAUGGAUGGUAGUGCAGAUGUUAGAGCGAGUGCGCUGGCGACCAGUGCCCCGCAAUCGGAUACCCCUGUUUAGUCACUCUAGUGGUUUUGCACCAGCGAAUAAAUUUAUGUGAAUGAACGAAUACCUUGGAGUUGUUUUGGUCUUAUAUUCG